AUGGCCAUCAACGAGACGUCGACGAAAUGCAAUACUGUUCUAAUCACUAUUUACUUCAUUGCCAGCUUUUCACAAGCAUUCUUCUACAUUGUCAAUGUUGCACUACUCAUCGAGCGCAUUGUGUUUUUCGAGAAGCCUUGCGAUAUUGCCUUAUCAUAUACCCCAUAUAUUAUUACUCAUUGUCCAUUGGGUUAUACCUUACUCCUAUUAAUGCUGACGCAGUUUUCUUUGGCAAUUGAGCGAUUGAUAGCAACAAUUAAAUUUGAGAAGUAUGAGAGAUUCCAUUCGAAAUCAUUUAUUGCAUUAUUCAUUUGCCUAACAUGCACUAUCCCAUGCUUAUGCAUAUUGUGGGCGUAUCAGGACGGCGAUUUCAAUCAUCUAGUGAUCUCAGCGCUCAACCCGCCGGCGAAUGUCGACGCGCGACUCAACAAGGCCUACUCGACGUCGCUCGUGUUGUCGAUGCUCGGAUUGCUGCUGGUGAUUUACACCGAAACGGCGAACAAGAAGCACGAGCGUCUCAUCGGAUUCAGCACGCUGUCGGGACGAUUUCAGCUUCAUGAGAAUGCGACGACGACGCGAUUCAUCUCCAGAAUUCUUGUGUUCAAUUUGACGACAAAUUUGAUGUAUUCAAGCGGCGUAAUGGUGUUGAAGAAUGUGAAAUUCGAGUUCCUCAAAACGAAUGAACCCCUAUUUUUCACGAUGCGCAGCAUUUGCUAUCUUCAUCCGAUGGCUGGAUUUAUUGUUUCGGCCACGUCGAUAUGGCACGUGUCGGCGAAAAAGAGGCAGCGUGUGAAGAAUGCGAACAACAUUGUGAUGAUGCCCCAAAAAGGGAAAGAGGGAUUCGAUGCUUAUACGCAGAUAUUAAAUGAGCAAUGGUCGAUGCGAAUGAAUUUGAAAUAA